AUGGACAUCUUUCGCGUCCGCUUGAAUUGUAUCGACCAUUAUCAGGCGCUCCCGUCUGAAUUCGAUCCACCAGUUCCUGUUACGAAUGGAGCUUCACAACGGACUGCGCGACCCAAGGUCCCGGUGAUUCGAGCUUUUGGCGCUACGGAGACCGGACAGAAGGUCUGCGUUCAUGUCCAUGGAGCUUUCCCAUAUCUAUAUAUCGAAUAUAGAGGCGGCCUAGGGCGGGAUGAAGUGAACAGCGCGAUCCGCAACUUACAUGCAUCCAUCGACCACGCUUUGGCGAACAGUUAUCGCCAGAACGCAUACGACGGAAGGAUUGCCUAUGUAGCUCAUAUCUCCCUAGUCAAGGGCAUACCAUUCUAUGGGUAUCAUGUCGGCUAUCGGUACUACCUGAAAAUAUACCUUUUGAAUCCAAUGAACAUUACUCGGCUGGCGGAUCUUUUGCGUCAGGGAGCAGUGAUGAAAGCCUCGCUACAACCUUAUGAAAGCCAUCUCCAAUUUGUCCCGCAGUGGAUGUGCGAUUAUAACCUAUACGGCUGCGCCUAUUUGGAUUGUGCCAAGGUCAAGUUCCGGUCCCCGGUUCCCGAAUAUCUCGAGUUAUCGAAUUUGGAUCACCGGUGGCAUGAUCGAACCAUACCUCCGGAGAGCAUCACUAGCGCCGACGUCCUACCAAAGCAGAGUCAUUGCACAUUGGAAGUCGAUGUUUGUGUGCAGGAUAUCCUUAAUCGAAAUGCAAUCAAGGAACGGCCGCUACACCAUGAUUUUAUCGAGCGGAAGCAUCCAAUAUCGGCAGACGGAAAACUCGUCCAGAGUAUGGCGGGUCUUUGGCAGGACGAGACACGCAGGCGCAAGAAGAGGCUCGGAAUAAAGGAUCCAGGUAGUAGUCCAUUUACAGCUGAAGAACUAGUUUCUAUGUCAGCAAGUCCUCGGGAUCAGAAGAAAGCUGGCUGGAUACACGAGGAGGAAUUUAGAGAGCAUUUACUCAAGGUGGUUGACGAGGAGAAAAGGGCUACUGAUGCUGCAACGAUAUCUUUCGAUAAUUAUGUCAAGCAUGACAUCAUAGAAGAAACCAUUCAAUCAGCCAUGGACAGCGUGGAGGAUCUUUAUCCACAGAAAUUGGAACCGUUAAUGACACAAAUUGCUCUUGCGGAUACUGAUAACGCCGCGGGUACGAAAGCUUAUGAUACCACGAUUUUUUCUGAUGGAUUCGAUAUCGAUAAUGAACUUGAAGACGACUACUCUGAUCCGGAAGAUGCAUACGAUGAUGACAAUGACGGUCUACCUAGUUCCUUUCCCAUUGAUGAUGAGGUAUUGGAUGCCCUCGCUGGAGAGAUGAAUGCUACGAGAAGACAACACGACAAGAAGGUAGACCAAGAGGACUCACAUCGAGGAUCCUUGGAUGCAAGCCAGUCUCGCAUGUCCAAACGGACGCGGACCGGAGUGGUGAACUCCCCAGAAGAACGCCUCAAGAAGCGUCCAAAAGUUGUAUCUGACGAUACUUCAAAAGAUGACCCAACGUCGAAAGGACAAGAUGAAAGCUUCUCAUCAUUCGACGUAGCUGCAAUUCUACAAGAAGCCGAAGAGUAUGGCGAACGCAUUGGGCCCGACGAUACUCCGUCUUUGCAUCCCCAAAAUGGACCUGACUCUUCUCAUAAAACUGUACUCGCCAGCCAAAAUCAACGACUACAAUUUCCUGUUGUCAAAGAUCCAAACGACCCCAUGACUGUUCUACGUUUCAGCCAGAGAAGUGGACUGUCCAAAGAAAAUUCGCAGCUAUCCCAGGUCUCGGCAGAACUUGAUCCUCAAGAGAGCCACGCACCGGAAAAGUCUUCCUCGGAGCCUACUUCGGAAAAUAGUGGUAGUACAGACACACUUCUGCACAUGGCUGGCCAGUGUUCCGGUGUCUGUGAUGCCUCUGAUAUCCCUGCUAAUCGCAAACUGCUUUUCUAUCGUUUUCCAUGCCCGACGGCAGCUGACGUAAAGUCAAGUAUUCAAGACGACGGACGGCCGGCAGUUGUUUAUCAAAAAGCAUUCUAUAGUGACGACAGUGACGUGCCAGAACGAUCACGCGAGUACGCUGGACGUGAUUUUCGUUUAGUUAGCAACUCCAUACGCUAUUUGCCCGAAUUUGAUCGACGAGGUCGAAACUUGCAUAUGUACACCGAGAACUUGCCACCCAUCCCAAGUCUUGAUGAACAGCGGAGAGAGGAUCAAAAGCUUCGUGAAUUGUCUUCGGCACGCGUCUGGGAGUUUGCUCGGCUUCCUCCAACUCGCAGUGAGGUUGUUGAAUGGUUCAAAGAGGAGGGAAAGGCUCAAGAAAAGCAGCCCACAGCCCCGGGAAUCUCGUUGCCUUCAUCAAAGCCGAAUGUCAUGUCACAGAUUGAGGGUGCCACGCAGAAAAAUCCGUAUGGUUUCAAGUACUCUCAAAAACAACAAUCAGUUAGCGUGGAACAUCAAACUCAGUACAUGAGCGUGAUGAGCUUGGAAGUUCAUGUCAAUACACGAGAGGGCUUCGCUCCGAAUCCAGAAGAGGACGAAAUUAGCUGCGUGUUUUGGAGUCUUCGGUCGGAUGACGAGGAUGUAGAUGUUAACAGCCACCUCGAAGGAGUGCAUUUGGGUAUUCUGGCACAACCGGCAGACAUCCUAGUACCUGUCGCUGCAUCCUUGUCCGUUGAACUGCAAACUGAAGCUUCUGAGCUCGAUCUAAUUACGAGUCUGGUUGAUGUUGUACGAUCUCAUGAUCCGGAUAUUAUUACAGGUUAUGAAGUCCACAAUGGAUCUUGGGGCUAUAUCAUCGAAAGAGCUCGGCUGAAAUACGAGUAUGAUCUGUGCAACGAGUUAUCGCGAGUCAAGACCUCUGCACACGGUAGAUUCGGCAAGGAUAGCGACAGAUGGGGGUUCAACAAUACGUCCUCUAUCUCUGUUACGGGCCGACAUAUGAUCAAUAUUUGGCGAGCGAUGAGAAGCGAAUUGAAUCUUCUGGGUUAUACCAUGGAGAAUGUUGUAUUUCAUCUACUGAAUAGACGGAUCCCUCAUUAUCCAUUCAAAGAUCUGACGCGUUGGUUCACCAGAAGUAAGCCUCGCGACGUUAUGAAGGUCAUGGAAUACUAUCUCUCACGUGUACAAUUGGAUUUGGAAAUCCUCGACACCAACGAAUUGAUACCACGGACCAGCGAACAGGCUCGCUUACUUGGUGUUGACUUUUUCUCGGUAUUUUCUCGCGGAUCACAAUUUAAAGUAGAAUCAUUGAUGUUUCGAAUCGCCAAACCAGAGAACUUCAUAUUGAUAAGUCCUAGCCGGAAACAAGUCGGCCAACAGAAUGCCCUUGAAUGUCUGCCGCUUGUGAUGGAACCUCAAAGCGACUUUUAUACAAGUCCGUUGCUCGUGUUGGACUUUCAGUCACUAUAUCCGAGUAUCAUCAUAGCAUACAACUACUGCUACUCGACUUUUCUUGGCCGACUUGAUAACUGGCGAGGACGAGGCAAGAUGGGGUUUACGGAGUAUGAACGACAGGAGCGAAUCCUCGAGUUGCUGAAAGAUGACGUCAACAUCGCUCCCAACGGCAUGAUUUAUGCCAAACCMCAGAUUCGCAAAUCUUUGCUUGCUCGAAUGUUGAGCGAACUUCUGGAAACUCGAGUGAUGGUGAAGAGUGGCAUGAAAGCGGACAAGCAUGACAAAACCUUGCAGCAGCUUCUGAAUCACCGCCAGUUCGCCUUGAAGAUGAUUGCGAAUGUUACCUAUGGCUAUACAUCGGCAUCCUUCUCUGGCCGAAUGCCUUGCUCGGAAAUUGCGGACAGUAUUGUCCAGACAGCGCGCGAAACACUCGAAAGGGCAAUUGCGUUCAUCCACUCGGUCGAUCGAUGGGGAGCUGAAGUAGUGUAUGGAGAUACCGACAGCCUCUUUAUUUCCUUGAAAGGACGAACACGUGACGAAGCUUUUACAAUUGGCGAGGAAAUUUCCAAGGCAGUGACGAAGAUGAAUCCGCGUCCGGUCAAGCUCAAGUUUGAGAAAGUCUAUCAUCCGUGCGUGCUGCUUGCAAAGAAGCGAUACGUUGGAUUCAAGUACGAGCAUCGAGAUCAAGUCGAACCUGACUUUGACGCAAAAGGAAUUGAGACGGUUCGACGGGACGGCACGCCUGCCGAGCAGAAGAUUGAGGAGAAGGCAUUGAAGAUAUUGUUUCGAACAGCGGACCUAAGUCGAGUCAAAUAUUACUUUCAAAAACAGUGCCUCAAGAUCAUGCAAGGCAGGGUAUCGGUUCAGGAUUUCUGCUUUGCGCGUGAAGUAAGACUCGGGACGUACAGUGAAAAGGGCACACUUCCUGCCGGAGCAUUGAUCAGCACAAAGAAGAUGCUUGAAGACCCGCGACUUGAGCCGCAAUACGGCGAGCGCGUUCCAUACGUCGUUGUCACUGGUGCUCCUGGAGCAAGGCUCAUUGAUCGUUGCGUGGCUCCUGAAGUGCUACUCAAUAAUGCACAUCUCGAGCUGGAUGCCGAGUACUACAUUACGAAAAACCUCAUUCCUCCAUUAGAGCGAAUCUUUAACCUUGUUGGUGCUAAUGUCCGACAGUGGUAUGAUGAGAUGCCUAAAAUACAACGAAUUCGUCGUAUUGAAGGAGCAUUCACAGGGCUAGGAGGCGGCAACACCAACACUGCAAUCUCCAAGAAGACCCUCGAAUCAUACAUGAAAUCAUCAACAUGUCUGAUCUGCAAAGAAAAACUCCAGGACAACAACAACAACAACAACAACGACAACGACCUCCCGCUCUGUAACACUUGUGCCAGUCAACCUCAUAUUUCUCUCUUCAAUUUGACAUCGCAACUCCAACAAGUCGAACGACGUACGAGUAAUUUGCACAAAAUCUGUCGGUCGUGUAUGGGCAUCCCCUUUGGCGAUGACGUUAGUUGCGACAGCAAGGAUUGUCCGCUUUUCUACACCCGGACGCGAGAGAUGAGUAAUUGGAAGAGCUCAACAUCUGUUUUGGAGCCUGUUAUUAGGGAGUUGGAAAGGCGUGAUGAGCGAUUGGAUUGGUAG